AUGCUCGACGUCGACGACAGCGACAGCGACAGCGACAUUGAAGUUGUGGAAGUCGUGGACUUGACCGGGGUGAGCGACGACGACGACGACGGUGACGACGAUAACGAUGACGACGACGAUGACGACAAUGACGAUGACGACCCGUUCGCGACUCCACCGCUUCAGGAAGAAGAGCACGCUGCGCUUCUCUCCCCUGAGGUGGGCCACGACGGCGACCUUGAAGCCGUGGACUUGACCGGGAUGGGCGACGACGACGACAACUACGCAGAACGCUACGCCUCCCCGGAAGAGGAGAACACCACGCCUCCCCCCGAAGAGAACGCCGCGCCUCCCCCGAAGAGGGAAACGCCACGCCUCCCCCCAAAGAGGAGAACGCCACGCUUCUCCCCGAGGAGGCGAAAGGGGAGCCCCCAGCCAGCAGCAGCAGCAGCAGCAGCAGCAGCAGCAGCAGCAGCAGCAGCAGCAGGCCUCGCCCACGCGGCCGCACUCAGCGACCACACAACGCUCAAGCAGCGCUGCCACCAGCGCCACAACACCCCCGCGAACCGCGACCCCUACACGGAGCGCCUGAUGGCGGCCCUCAUGGCGCUCGGCGGGCAGAGCGCGCUUGAGCGGAAGCGGCGGCGAGAGCGACGGGUGGAACACGGCCGCAGUACACCCGGGGCGUUCAGGGAGACACGGGCUUCUAAAUGCCAGCUCGAGAUCGAUGGUGCCCGCAAGAAAGGGCAAAUGUCGGGUUCUCGUGCCGAGCAUCGCGUACAUCAGGAUUUCACCAGACGGUCCAGUCUUUAGUUUGUACACCGGCCGAGGGGCGAGGAGGGUCCAGGUCUGGUUUGCCAAAAGAGAGUUGUGCUCGGUCUUUAUAGCUUUGAGCCCAUUCCUCCCAGUGAGGCAGGCAGGCCUUGGGCUUCUCCGUCGCUUGCCAUGGAUGAGCUGAGGAACGCCAAUGCUGGCAGCAUAUUUGUGUUUCAUCAUCUCUUUAGCUUCGAGCUGCAAGUCGACGUCCUCGUACUUGACACUUUAUGCCAUCUCGGGAAGUGGGCUUUCCCAUGGUAGAAUGUGCCUCCUGGCGUGUGUGAGCGUUCUGAUAUAGCUGUUCCCGAGGUUGGUCUCUUA